AUGCCCAAGAUGUUCCGCUCGGCUCUGUGGUUGUCCUUAGCCACAGGAGUAUGGUCGAACCGUCUGUCCACACGAGUGACAGAAGUCUCCUCUUACCCACCGGUCGCCACGCUCUCCAGCAGCAGUGGCCAAUCCAAGACUAUUUUCGUCGGCCGCGCGCUCCCUGAAUUCAACCAGGACCUCUUCCUGGGCAUCAAAUAUGCCGAUCAACCAGUCCGCUUUAUGCCUGCAGAGCUCAAAUCUACAUACGCAUCCAAUGACAGUCCCUCUGGCGCCUAUGAUCUCUCCGCAGCCGGGGUAACGCCCACGUCGGAAACCAUUUACUACAACGCGACAGCGUACGGAUACGACUGUCCGGGCUACGGGUCUGAUACAACUAAACUUGUGGCGAUGGGAUUGAUCCAGCUGAGCGAAGACUGCAUGAACCUGAAUGUGAUUCGGCCUCAAACCACCGGCGACGAGUUACUGCCGGUUCUGCUCUGGAUCUUUGGUGGUGGUUGGACGCAGGGAGCGACGGCGGACCCCCGAUACAACAUGAGCUAUAUUGUUCAGCAGAGCGCGUUGAAUGGCAAACCCGUGCUGGGCGUCUCUAUCAACUAUCGCUUGGCGGCGUUUGGGUUUCUGGACUCGGUGGAAGUGAGGGCUGAAGGCCACACCAAUCUUGCCCUUCGGGACCAGCGCACUGCUAUGCGCUGGGUGAAGCAGCAUAUCCAGGAGUUCGGCGGGGACCCAGAGCGGAUCACGAUCUGGGGUGAAUCGGCGGGUGCCUAUAGUGUUGGCGCACACCUGGUUACGAACCAGGGCGAUAACGAGGGUCUCUUUCGCGCUGGUAUGAACACCCGCUACUCCCGUUCAGGCAGUUCUCUGACUAGCGGAUCGCAAACCCUAGCCAUUAUGGAAUCCGGGAACGCGAUCGGGCCACCCUACAACGGAACCGAAUGGCACCAGCCCAUGUACAAUCGAAUUGUUGAGAGAACAGGAUGCACCAAUUCAACAGAUACCCUCCAGUGUCUCCGCGACCUGCCCUAUGAGACCAUAUACAGCAAUGCUUACGAAGGACUCGAGUGGUUUGCCACCAUCGACGGCAUCUUCCUCACUGAGUAUCCACAGAUUAGUUACCGCGAAGGCAAGCUCGCCAAGGUGCCCAUUCUGCUAGGCACGAACACCGACGAAGGAACGAGUUUUGGGACCACGGGGACCGAUACCGAUGAGGAAUGCAUUGAGCAGUUGAUCUCAUCCAAACGCUGGCUCCUCACCCGUGCCCAGGCCACCAAGCUCCUCACAUACUACCCCAACAUACCAGCUCUCGGCUGUCCCUACGGCUGGGGCAAUGUCACCUGGCCAUCUCUGGGGCUGCAGUAUAAGCGCUACGAGUCUAUGGCCGGUGAUAUCAGCAUGUUCGCGCCCCGUCGGAUGCUGGCACAGAUCAUGUCUCGUUUCGAGGACGUGUACUCGUACCGCUGGGACGUUGCUGCGCUGAACACGUCGACGCUAAUUGGGGUGCAGCAUUUCGCCGAGAUCCCCUUCGUCUUCGCAAACCCAGUCCAGAACAUCACGGCGCUCGGAUCGGACCCUGCUCGUCUCGCGCUCGGGCAGAUGGCCGCUCGCAUGUGGACCUCAUUCGUGACUGAUUUGCAUCCGAAUGGACAUGGCGUACCGCACAUCCCCCACUGGCCCCGCUACUCCGCCAAACCCGCCAAUUUCGUCUUCCGUCUUUCCCGAAAUGAAAGCUACGUGGAGGUCGACACCUAUCGGGCGUCGGGAAUGGAGUUUAUUAACAGUCUUCCGCGAUAA